UCAGUUUUGACUGUUUGCUCGGUACGGACAGUUGAUCCGUGCGCAACCAACAACCAACUACGAACGUACAGUCGCACACACGCACAUCCAUAAUAUAACUAUAUCCAUUUUAAUAUCACUAAGAAAUUUACAAACAAUUUCUGUGAGCGAGAGAGGGUUGUUAUAUAUACACAUAUAUACGCACAGUGUAAAUUGUGUAUCGAAUCGUCGCGCUUGUUUGUAUAUAAAACUUUUGUAUACAAUAUUUGUGUGUGUGUGUAUGUGUGCGCGUAUAUAUACGUAUACAUUGAACCAUCAUCAUCCGCACAUAACGUACAUACAUACAUAUACAACUCGCGUAUCAAAUGUUUGUAGUAAUAUAGGCAGGCGACCAGUGGAAAUCUGUUUGGACUAUCUUGAAAGUGUAAAUGUUUACCGAAUAAAGUCGCAUCAUGAACAUGAAGGAACAGCAGCAGCAGCAGCAACAGUUGACGGAGGUCAGCGGGUCCACUCAGUUGCCGUCGCAAUCGCAGCAGCAGCCUGUCGUUCACCAGAGCAUCAAUAUACAGCAGCAUCUGCAUCAUCUUCAUCUGCAUCAGCACCAGCACCACAGCAGUGUGAUUCUAUCCACGGAGCAGCUGGAAGAGCAGCAGAAUGCGACGCCCGAAAGUACCGCUCCAGAUUCGGCCGACUCGAAGCCCUCCAGCACCGAGAAAAAAUCGGGAAUGCGACGGCAGGAGAAGCCGCCCUAUUCCUACAUCGCGCUCAUCGUGAUGGCCAUCCAGCAUUCGCCGUCGAAACGGCUCACCCUCAGCGAGAUCUACACCUUCCUGCAGCAGAGAUUCCCGUUCUUCAGAGGCUCCUAUCAGGGUUGGAAGAACUCGGUGCGUCACAACCUCUCCCUCAACGAGUGCUUUAUAAAGUUACCCAAAGGUCUGGGAAGGCCGGGCAAAGGACACUACUGGACCAUCGAUCCUGCCAGCGAGUUCAUGUUCGAGGAAGGCUCGUUCCGCCGUCGCCCAAGAGGAUUCAGAAGGAAGUGCCAGGCGAGGAAUCCACAGUUUCCGCCGGCCUUCUACUCUGCUGCCAGUAACAUCAACGCAGCCAUGAUCAACCAAGUCAACCCCGUGUACGAUCAUCAGGCCGCCUUGCAAUCGCAGGACUACGCCAAUUGCACCUAUAAUACACCGCCGACCCAGGUGUCCUCGGUGUCCGCAUCUCAUUACUCCAACUACGACUCCUAUCCCGUCUACCAGCAGCAGUGCGAAAGAGAUUGGGCUUCGGCCACGUCCAUCUUGCCCUCAUACCCAGAACCGUCCAUCGCCUCUGCCUACCUGAAGCAGCCUCCAAUCAGCCCGCUGCAGGAUCAGCACCACGACGGCAUCACGCCACCCCCAACAACCAUAGAUCAUUUCCAUGGUUACCAGUACAGCCUGCCAUCGCCCAACUCGGCCGAAAAUAUAAUUCGAAGUUCUGUCUCGAACUCCUCCAUCCAGCAGUGCGACAGGAAACCCUACCUCACGCCGCCUCCUUCGAUUCCGACGUCUCUCCCAUCGCCGCCGGCCGCCAACACGGCCAACACCUACUACGAUCAAGUCAAGUACACCAUUUGAGUUACAUAGCAGCUAAACUCAUUUCUUUUUCUUGUACAUACACACGCAUAUUUAUUAACAUUAAGAUUUUCUACCAAGUCAACGGAACGAAACCAUAAAUGCAAUAAGA